AGGAACCAGAUUGGAGAUCAAAAUGGCGGAGGAGCAGCGGGAAGCAACGCCGACAGAGAUGGAGGGGGUCACUGUCUGGCUUACGAUGAGGCCAUCAUGGCCCAGCAGGACCGAAUUCAACAGGAGAUAGCCACUAAACCGUUAGUGUCAGACCGGCAGGAUCUCUCAGUUCUCUCUAAGGAGUACGCCCAGGAUGACACCAUUUACCAACAAAAGAUCAAGGAUUUGCACAAAAAGUACUCGUACAUCCGGAAAACAAGACCAGAUGGAAACUGUUUUUACAGAGCUUUUGGUUUCUCACAUUUGGAGUCACUGCUGGAUGACAGCAAGGAGCUGCAGCGGUUCAAGGCUGUGGCGGCCAAGAGCAAACUGGACCUGGUGAAUCAGGGCUUCACAGAGUUCACUAUUGAAGAUUUCCACAACACAUUCAUGGACCUGAUUGAACUGUCUGAAAAGCAGCAGUCUCUGGGCGAGCUGCUCGACUCCUUCAAUGACCAGAGUGUUUCCGACUAUGUGGUGGUUUACCUGCGGCUGCUCACGUCCGGCUACCUGCAGCGUGAGCACGCCUUCUUCCAGCAUUUCAUAGAAGGAGGGCGCUCAGUGAAAGAGUUCUGUCAGCAGGAGGUUGAACCGAUGUCCAAAGAAAGUGAUCAUAUCCACAUCAUAGCCCUGGCGCAGGCGCUGAACGUGUCCAUACUGGUGGAGUACAUGGACAGGGGGGAGGGAGGCACAGUCAAUCAUCACGUGUUUCCUGAGGGCAGCGAACCCCGCAUUUUUCUGCUCUACAGACCAGGCCAUUACGACAUCCUGUACAAAUAACAGCGUCUGUCUUUGAAUUGCACAGUUGGACACAACGGCUGUGAAGAAACAUGCAUCUGCAAAAAUGACAGUAACAUGUUCAAGAACACAACACAUCGUGCCCCGACCUUCCCCCCCAUCACAAAAACUGAAAUAAAAUGUUUAAAUAUAGCAAUGACUCCAGGCAUUUAGAGUUGUACAGUUUUUUUUUGUGAUUGUAAAUGGUGUUGAUUUGGCC